CUAUGUGAUUCCAAGCAUAGGAUGCUAUAAUUAGAUGUUAAUUCCCAGGACAGAAAACUCAUCACACUGAUGAAGUCAUAGUCGCUUGGAUUUGUAGCUUCCCAUGGAAGAAAUAGCUCCCCUAGACUGUACUUGAUAGGAAAUCUUUGAAAGUGUGUGGGAAUAAGUUUGCAGGUAACUCAAAUUUCACUUGAUCAAGGUUUUGUAAGAGCUAUUUCAGCUCCCUGUAAUACUCAUCUUGCUCCUUGAAUGACCCAUUUGAUAUGAAAAUGCUGCUUUCAAAUAAAGUCUGUUCAUCUUUAGCCUGUCCACCUUAGCUCUCCACUUGUACUUUAAUGCAGUGGUCACUGUUGACUCCCUUCUUUUGUUUUAGUUCAUAAAUGUGUGAUGCUCUGACACACACACACACACACACACACACACACACACACACACACAGAAUUAUGGAAAGCAAAGUUAUCUGGACUGGAUCGCAGCAAAGUGUGGAAAACAGGUUCCUGUUACCUGGAGGAUUGCAUAAAUUCUAUCUGAGCUUCCUGCCUGGCCUGGAGAGUUGACUAAUUUUUCUGUUUCUCCACAUGAAAAUAGGAGCAGUGUGUUGGACAGGAGGUUUCAAUACACUUAGGAGUUGUGCUUGAUGCUUAAUGUCACUAGGCUCCAAAUUAUUUGUUCCAGUGAACUGAACAAGUUAGUGUUGGAGAUGGAAGUAAAACCAGAUUUCUUCAUUGCAGUCUCCUUCAAAGAGACUUUCUGUUGCCAGCUUCCUUUAAAUCCUACCAGGAGACAGAGUUUUCUCUCUUUUCCCUUUUAAAGUCCUAACAAAGUGACUGUGAGGACAUAGACUGAGUGUUUAUGUGGGAUUGCAAAUCUCAAUAAAGGUGAUUUUCAGUCAGUAAUCUCACUUACUACAGCAGAUUGGUGCAUAGAUAUCUGCAGUGAUCUCUCACUCUCUGAACUGAGGCCUUCUGAUUUGAUGCUUGGUGAUGUUUUUGCUUGUGUUCACAGAGGAAUAUGAGGUGAAUGCUAAGAAAUACUGGGAUGACUUCUACAAAAUCCACGAAAAUGGCUUCUUCAAGGACAGGCACUGGCUGUUCACUGAAUUUCCUGAGCUGGCACCUAACAGGGACUCAAGCCAAAAUGGAGAUUCUGUGCAUGGAUUUAGUAACACAGAAGAAUCCAACAAUGAAGGGUUGGGAAGCUGUGGAAAUGGCCAUUUCUCUUUGGAAACCAGGACAGAGAGUCAGUUAAACCUGAUAAAAUGCCCACCUGGGGGUCACACAGAGGAGUUGGCUGCACAGAAGGACAGUGAACUGAGUCAGAGUGAUGGGGAUUACCCAGGAUCAGCUGCAUCUUACCGUAUAUUAGAGGUUGGCUGUGGGGCUGGGAAUACAGUCUUCCCAAUUUUACAAACCAACAAUGACCCAGGCCUGUUUGUUUAUUGCUGUGAUUUUUCUACAGCAGCUGUGGAUCUUGUCCAGAACAAUGCAGAAUAUGAUACUUCUCGCUGCUUUGCAUUUGUCCAUGACCUGUGCAAUGACCAAAGCCCUUUCCCAAUGCCAGAGGAGAGUCUUGACAUUGUUAUUCUUAUCUUUGUCCUCUCAGCAAUUCUCCCAGAUAAGAUGCAGUGCAUUGUGACCAGACUGAGUCGCCUUCUGAAACCAGGGGGAAUGAUCUUGUUACGAGAUUACGGUCGUUAUGAUCUCGCCCAACUUCGGUUCAAGAAAGGUCAGUGUCUGUCUGAUAACUUCUAUGUGAGAGGUGAUGGCACUAGAGUCUACUUCUUCACACAAGAUGAAUUAGAUCAUCUGUUCACCACAGCUGGGCUGGAGAAAAUCCAGAAUCUGGUUGAUCGGCGAUUGCAAGUGAACCGUGGGAAACAGAUGACGAUGUAUCGGGUGUGGAUCCAGUGCAAGUACUGCAAACCCACCGCACUUCAGCCAUGAGGCAUGUGGACUUUAGGCUGGAGCCUCUUUGUCUUCUCAUGGUGACAUGUGUUUGAUGCAGUUCUGCACACCCAGAACCUCAGUGCCUUGUACCAUUCUGUCCUAGUUUGAAAGACAGGUAUUUGCUAAGAAAGGCAGAAGCCUCCCUUUGAAAAUGAAAAGUGUGAUCCCUCCUCCCUACAAAUUAUUAUAAUUUUGGAAUUAAGGGAGUUCUCAGGCAAAGGUGUGGGGAUAGGAAUAACAGUUCUUUACUAGUAUAUCUAACAAGACAAACAAGAACAACAACAGCUAUGAAAUUACCCACAAACAGAACAGUAACUCAGUCCCAGUCCCUUUCUGGCCCCAGGCACCUUUUCCCUGAGCUGCAGUUCCCGGUGCUGGGGGCGGGCAGGUCCCGCAGAGCUGCAGGAGGGCUGGGGGUGAUGGCAGAGCUGUCCCAGGGGGAGAGAGAGAGAGAUGGAGAGAGCUCUCCGCUCACGGUGUGGGUCCCAGUGCUCAGCAGAGUGCUGGAUGGUGGCAGGUUACAGCGAGAAGGCAGCAGGGCAGGGUCUGACAGCAGUGAGGAUGGCUCCCGAUGCUGGGAUGGCAGGAACAGGGCUGAGGCGGCGAUCGUCCUUCUCAUCCGAACUUCGUGGGUGAAAUGGGCCGAGCCAGAGCCUUCCGUCUGCUCUUCUGGCUGUUUGAAUCUCAUGGGGGUUCCCUCUUCCCUCCCUUCCCCCUUCACCCUGCCACCAGGACCCAGUCAACAGGUAUCUUAGCAUGACAAUGGGGAAAAUUCCACAGAGGGGAAAAAAGGAAAGAACCAGUCCCCAACUCAUGCCUGACAUUAGUUCAAGUGUGUUUUGCUAAGGACAAAUGCCCUGAGAGUAGAGCAAGCAGUAUUUUAGAAUCACAGAAUAUAUGGAGUUUGGAAGGACCCAUGAAGAUCAAGUCCAACUCCUAGCCCUGCACGGAACACUCCAACAAUCCUAUCCUGUGCCUGAGAGCAUUGUCCAAACACUCACUGAGUUCUGGAAGCCUUGGGGUGACCAUUCCCUGAGGAAUCUGUUCAGUACCAGCCACCCUCUGGGAAGAACCUUUUCCUGAUACCCAGCCUAACUCUCCGUGGACACGGCUCCAGCCAUUUCUUCCAGUCCUGUCCCUGGAGUGAAGAGACUGGUUCCUGCCCUCUGCUGUCCCUCAGGAUGUUGAAGAUCCCAGUGAGGUCUGAUCUCAGUCUUCUCCAGCUGAACAGACCAAGUGCCCUCAGCCACAUCUCAUAUGGCUUCCCCUCAAGGCCCUUCACCAUUCUCAUGGCCCUUCUCUGGAUGGUGUCUAGUGGCAUAAUGUCUUUUUUAUGUUAUGGUGCCUAAAAUUGCCCCCAGCACUUGAGGUGAGGCUGCCCCAAAGCAGAGGAGGACAAUCCCCUGCCUGACCAGGAAGGCUUUACCUGAUGCCCCCAGGACACAGAUGUCCUUUCUGGCUGCCAGGGCACUGUUGACUCAUGUUCAACUUGCCAUGGACCAGGACUCCCAAGUCCUUUCCUGCAGCUGCUCUCCAGCCUCAUUCCCCAGUCCAUCCCCACAUCUAGGGUUGCCCCUUCCCACGAGCAGAAUCCAGCACUUCCCCUUGUUGAACUUCCCACGAUUGGUGAGUGCCCAUUUCUCUGACUUGUGAAGGUCUCUGCAGGCCCUUUCUGCCCCUUCGAGACUCACAGCUCCUCCCAGUUUAGUGCAGACAGCAAACUUAGUAUUCCUUAAAGUCCUGCAUCCAGAUCAUUAAUGCGGAUGUUGAAGGCUUGAGAAGAGGCCUGUAAAUGUCGUGCUACUCGUCUGAGUUUUAAAAAUCAUUUAUGGUUUUAACCUAAGAGAUGGUCAUGAUAUCUUACAGCAGCUGAGCAGAUUGAAUAGCAACUUGCUCAUACUCUGGAUUUCCACAUGAAACAGGAGAGCUCUGACUUUAUCUCUGUCUUGUGUAUUCUUGUAUU